ACACGCAAAAUCACUCACAUGUACUCAACAGUCAGGGAAUAUUGACGCAUAUAAAUUGGUGAAUGUGUUGCAAGAUUGUAGGUAGGUGGUUGAUUGCAACGAUCACAUAGUGAUGUUGAACCGAUGGAGAUUUCUGGUGGUGACGCUGUUCACCUACUGUCUAACAGUUGAACGUGUGUCAACAUGGUUGAUACGUAGUGGUGAACCUGUGCAACAACGCACUGAAUUCCCGUUCAUCGCAUUUUUGACCACAGAGAGAACAAUGUGUACAGGCUCAUUAGUGUCAACAAGGGCAGUGCUCACAGCUGGUCAUUGUGUUUGCUCACCGCUGCCAGUCGUUCGGGUAAGAGAUCACACUGAAACACAUUGUUGCUCAAUGUGAUCGAUUAAUUUCACAGUGUGUUUCUGUGUGAGUGUGUGUCAGUGUGUCAAUGUGUGUGUGUGUGUGUGCAGGUGGUUUGCAUAGAUCUAAUGUGGACAUACGUCGUGUAUUUCAGGUUUCAUUUCUCACACUGAGGAAUGGCGACCAACAAGGCAUCCAUCAUCAACCGUCUGGAGUGGUGGUAGCACCAGGAUAUAUGCCCUCUUGUAUGUCGGCACGACAGAGGAGACCAAUCAAACAGACACUCAGUGGAUUCGACAUUGCAAUUGUAUCGCUCGCUCAAUUGGUCAACUUACAGACUGGAAUCAGAGUGCUCAGUCUGCCACAGCCAACGGAUAUACCGAGACCUGGAACUCCGGUUUUCAUUGUUGGUUAUGGAAGGGAUGAUAACGACCGUGAUCCACAACGUAAAAAUGGUGGAAUUUUAAAGAAAGGUCGAGCGACUAUAAUGGAAUGCCGACACGCGACCAAUGGCGAUCCUAUUUGUGUGAAAUCAGGUCAGAAUUUCGGACAGUUACCCGCUCCAGGUGACAGUGGUGGACCUCUCCUUCCAUCCCCUCAAGGUCCAGUACUCGGUGUCGUAUCACAUGGUGUCACACUGCCAAACCUUCCCGAUAUCAUUGUCGAGUAUGCCAGUGUGGCUAGAAUGUUGGAUUUUGUACGCUCCAAUAUUUGAACAAUAUUUCAACAAUGUUUGAACAGUUCUCCGACCAACUCGUAUCAUUCAUACAUGUGUGUACAUAAUCUAUCGAUAAAAAUCCACACGCAAUUGUGUUAAGACAUUUCUGAUAAAUAAACAACCUAAUCAAUUACUGCAACAUUCUAUCCGUUUUCUCUAAGUAUGCAAGUGUGGUGUGGUGUGGUGUGUUUUGGUUUGAUGCGAUUUGUGUGUGUGUGUGUGUUGAUCAGUGAAGUGUUAGUGAAAUGGGCAGUUAUUUAUUUGCUGCUUAUCAUCAGGAUACUGCCUGAUCACGAUGCAUGAACAUACGCAUGUUCAGAGAGAGAGUAGGUAAUGGAUGAAGACAGUUCGGUUGAUGUUACAGUCACUCAGUCAGUUUGUCUGUCAUGGAGUCAGUAAUCCAGGCAGUGGUAGCAACGAAGUAGAUUACAGAAAUAAUCUUCGUUAUCAUCAUCGUCGUCGUUGUCGUAUAACACUGGGCAUUUGUUUUUGUUGUUGGUGGUGUUGUUGUUGUGAGAACAGUAGGGUAAAUAGAUGUGAUUAUAGAAUUUUACGUUAUCUAUCUGAUCGUGAUUGAGUACAUCGUCACAAGUUGAACGAAACGCGCGUUGUGCCUUCUACUAUUGGCCAUCA